AUGGAGGAGGAUGAUGCUCAAGUUGUGGACACUACCAGGGAGACGCCGAAGGAGCCAGUGAGGAGUGAUAUGGGUGCUACGGGUAGAAAAUUACAGAAGAAUACCAAGGAAAGUGAGUCGAGUAAUUACCGCAAUAAGGCCCCUGUUGCUAAGGAAGGCUCGAUUAACAACAAAGCGACGUCCCAGGUGCAAAUCCGAUCAACAGAACCAAGCCAGCCACUGAUGAGUGAUACUCAGCUAAGCCGGGGCUCUGCUCGGAUGGAACAAGCAAGAAUUUUGGAGACAAGUCAGGAGGGAGGUCACCCGGAGGGAUGGGGUAAGGGUCCACGGGACAGUAAAACUGACCCUCCCCCAGUAAAAAGCGGCAUGCAUGCAAAUAUUAUGGACGUGGAACCAACCCUGAGAGAAUCUAAUGUGAAGAUGGUGGGUGGCCUCAGCUCUGAGGCACCUACUGCCUAA